AUGCACUACGAGUCGUCCAGCGUUGGUGAAGAUAAAAGUCGCAUUAAGCAUAUGAGUCGUUCACGUACUCGUCGACACAAAAUGAAUAAUCAUCAAACUGGUCAGUAUGCUAAUAGAAGCAUUCCUAGAAGAGGGAAAUCCCCAUAUGAUCUGAACGCACAGACAUCAUCGCAAUCGGACGAACAAAGCUCAACCGUGAGCUCGAGCUCUUCGUCUUCUUUUAAAUUCCCUCCAAGCUCUGAAUCAAAAUCCUCAAGUUCAACAUCACCAUCGUCAAAAUCAUCCUUGACUCCAAAUGAACAAAAUGUGGAAAAUAAUGCCAAGGCAACUUGGGUGCAAAGUUCUGCAAAACAGAAAUCUCUUACUUGCAGCAAACCAAAACCUGUUUUAAUUAUCUCCAAUGAAUUAUUACGUUCGUCGACACAGAUUGACGGAACAUCGAACUGUGCAGGAGAAACUGAUGACCAGGGAAGUAUCGAUUCUGAUAUAAUCCUUAGCAUCAGAAACUCAACUUCUCUAAUUGAACUCAAAGACAAUUGCAAUACGAUUGUGGACGAAGAUCAGAAUCAAGAAAAUAAUGAAGGGGGACCAGUUUCUAGUUCAAAUUUUGGCUGUCAAUCCGAAGAAAGUAUCGCAGUUCUUACGUCCAAGGGCGAGUUGCCUACACAAAUAUAUUGUCAUAGCUUGAACGAAGUUGGAAGUGGAGAAAGUAAGGAGAUGGAACUAGAACUUCGCUCGAGGCAAUAUUAUUCUUCGACCCCGAAAAUUGGGGGUCGAAAAAUGAUAAUAGAAAAUCAACACUAUGGAGAAAAUAAAGACACGGAAAAAGAAUUGAGCGCAUUGCAAUAUUCAUCAAUUUUGCCGUCACAAUCUAAAACUGAGACUGAGAUCUUAAAGCCUGCGUCCAUUUCUGUGCCAUUAGUGCCAUUCAGUGCCAACUUUGACGAAUGCCCAAACUGGAAUUCAGAGUGUAAAUCAAAUGGAGGCAAUCGUAGCCAGGACACAAUUUUGCCUGACUUGCCAUAUAGCACAGAUCCAAUGGAAUCCAAUGCCUUGGUGUAUUCCUCUUCUGAGAGUCUCGAUAUAAUGUGCGUUGUCGAUAAUAAUCCAGAGAAUCAUCAGCUCGCUGGAAGAGGAAAUGCUGAUAAGGAUUCGCCUGAUAAGGAGUUGUACUCCAACAGAAGGAUGCAAACUUCACAAGUUCUUGAUACGUCACAUUCUGUAGAAGACGAACAACGUAAAAUGUUUGAAAAAGAGGUAGCAGUUAAGUUUCAGUCCACCAUACCAGCUGAUAAUUGUGGACUUCUUAAUGGUCCAACGCGUUUUCUGAAGAUGCCUUAUUUCAUACCCGUGGAGUCCAAAGCAUACGAGCCUCAAAACCUCGAGAAUCGCAUGACUAAAGAUGAUUUAAAGGACGACCAGGCGCGCGUGGAUUUCAUAAAUCGCCUAAAGGCAACCGUAAGGUGGCGAGAGGACGAAAACAAGAUCAAGGAGUCGAACUCGAAGAUUGUUCGCUGGUCCGAUGGCAGCGAAACCUUCCAUGUGGGCGACGAGGUCUUCGAUGUGAUGCAUCACCCGGUGAACGACAGCCAGAACCAUUUUUAUGUUCGCCUGGCCAGCUGCUACCAGCACAAGGGAUCUAUCAAGGAUAAGAUGACUCUGCGUCCCAUGCUGGACUCCAGUUUCGGGCAGAGUCAUGUCCAGGGCUUGCGUAAUCGAGCCACCAACAAGCCGCAAACGGGCUGCGUUAAGGUGAUAAUGGACAUGGACUCUAAUCCCGAGCAGGAUCAAGAGCAGCUCAAAAAGCAGGAAUUGGCCAAGCUGCGCCAGGAGCAGCGUGAGAGCCGCCGCGCCAUGAUCAACAAUCGGCAUUUGAAACGUGGCAAGCCCACAAAAGGCUCCGACUGCAACGUGGCCAAAACUCCAGGGACAUCCCAAGAGGACGAUUAUGAUGCGGCGGAAGGGGAGGCAAGCUUUGAGGAGGAAGAUAUGGUGGAAUCAAUGGACCUAGAGGAAGCUGACGACGAUGGCAUGGACGACGGACCUUCUUGCAGCAAGUUGAAGUCCAAGGAGGAAAAUGAAUCCAUUUCCGAGGACGAUUUCCCGAUCGGCGGUGCUAUCCGCAAGCCCAGGCGGUUGGUAUACUUCGACUACUCGGACUAA